AUGAGUGAGGAUACCAAGUUGCAUAUGGAUGUUGAUGAGCCUAUAUUUAGUUUGAUUCACAACAGCACUGCUCCAGUGUGUGCCAUUCCAGACUUUGAACAGCUACUGCAACUCACAGUUCAAUCAGGAAGACUGCCUGCUAAACUUUUGAUAGCUACCAAUGAUGCUAUAGAUAUGGACUUGAAUGGUUCAACACUUCCUGUAGCCAGUAUAUUACAAUCAGGAGAUGCUGCAACCAGCGUUCUUAAACUCAUUUGGACAUGGCAGUCACCAUCUGUUCUUAGUGCCAUAAGAAUAGGCAUGUUUGGCAAUCAAUCUGAUGUUCCUACAGUUGUUGUUACUGAUACUGCGGGAAAACUCACUUUUCUUAAACACAGGCCCGAAGUUGAAGGGGAUGGCCAAGUCACAGCAACUGAGCUUGAUACAAAAAGCAGCUGUAUAUCUAGCAUGGCUUUGGGAAAUCUGGCACAUCAAACACAAUUGGACAUUGCUAUCGGAGAUGCGUCAGGUGCAGUCGCACUUGUAUUGGGUGGAAAGCAAAUAUUCAUCCGCAAGGAUAUUGGAUCUUCAGUUACCUGUUUAGCAAUCCAGUCUCGGCCAACUCAGCGUCCAUGUGUUGUUGCGGGCGAUUCAUUUGGUGCCAUUACAACGUUUGAUUUCCACGACUCUGUUUCAACAAAAAUCCGAUUGAGAGAUGCAGUCUUGCCUGUCUUGAAUACAGAUGUACCCGCAUGCCAUAUGAUCCGAUGCAUUCAUCCGGUAACGUUGCUGGAUAGCGAGGGUGUAUUGUCGCAUUAUAUAUUGGCAUGCGAUGGAACUCCAUUUUUAUAUUAUCUAGUAGCAGGCCAUUGUGUUGCAUGCGUAAAGCUUCCAUCGCAGAUUAGUUGCAUUACAUCUGGCCAGCUUUUAAAAGUGCCCCAAUCAACAAACACUGUAAGCCAAGCUGACACUACUAAAAGCCAAAUAGCGGUUGGCGGGACCAAUGGAUACAUUUAUCUGGUUGAUAAUUUGGUGGUGUCCAUGUAUGCCAAUAUUGAUUUUCCCGUUACAUGCAUUAUACCACAUCGAUCACCAUCGUUUACACCCACUGAAGCCGAUCUUUUGCUAUGCGCCGGUCACUGUGCCAAUCUAUUUAUAUUCCAAGAUAAGCAGCUUUUGCAUCGGUUCAAAACAAGUGCAUGGGUGUGGGACAUGUGCUCAUUGGAUGCCAAAUCUCAAUUUGCUAUAUGCACUCUUGAUAAUUUGGUUCAGGUCAUUCGAUUUAAGGCGGAUGAUGAUGAAGAAGGAGAACUAGUAGAUGAAUAA